CAAAUAACUGAUAGUGUGUCCUGUCAGUUGUGAUGACAAGGUAAAUACAAAUGUAUUUUUACUAUUCUUGUGUUUCAGAGUGGAGAAGAGAGGAAGAGCAGCAAAUCAAUUCAAGCCUGCAAGGAGCUCAGCGGAAAGCAGCUCUCUGCUUCCUGCUGGAGCAGGAGACGGAGCUCAUCGCUGCCAUCGGGCACCAUCACAUCAACGUCCAGGCUGACAACCACGAUCAAAUAAUCCAAGACUUCCUGAACAGGUCUGCAGCUCCUCAUCAGUGGCGAGCAGCUAAUGGUCAUCUUCUCCAGAUGGACACUCCGCACACCAUCAGAGCCAGAGAGCUGCGAGAUCUUUACAACAAAAUCAACUUGUUCCCUGUCGGCAAGGAGCAGAGACAUCACUUCUUGAUGACACUUAAAGACAUGGUCAAGGAACACAUCUGUCAGCUGACUCAAGAUAUAAUGGAUUUGGUUAAUCGGGAAGUGGACCUGAUGUCACGAGGGGUAAAGGCAUCUAGUCUUGAAGGCCUGAGAAAUAGGAUCUGUACUCUGUUUCUCCAGUACAUCAAAACAUCUUCAUUCAACCCUAACGUGGCCAAACUUCUGAAGGUUCCUGAAAAUCCCUCCCAGCUGAAGAAUGACAUGUUCAUGUGCCGUGGCUGUCACCGUUAUCUACGCUCUGCUGACUUCAGUUCAUCAGCUAAGGGCUUACUGAGUGGUUGGUGCCACAAAUGCACUAGACUGGACAACAUAGCUAGAUCUCGUGAUGAUUUCUCUAUGUACAGAAUUAUCCUAAAAAGACUAAGAGCUGAUGAACAGCUGCUCAGCCCAGAAACCAAUAUCCCCUUCCUCCUGCAGGUGGAAGACAUGCGCUACCUGGUAGAAAUAGUUUGGACAUCCCGCUCUGCUCUCAAUGGAAGCAGUGACCUUUACAAUCUGGUGUUUUCUCGCUGGGAUCGCCGGAAGGACUGGAGUCCCUGGAACUGCAUACUGCUGUCAAAAGAAGAGACAUCAGCUCACUUAGAGGUUAAGGAUGUCCACAAGGCAUACGAUACAACGUUCAUCUGCUGGAUUGAACAGAAACACACGAUGGCCUGCAAGCAUUUCAGCCAGAUCCCUAUAAUGGCAGAGUAUCUGGAAUCUCAACCAGCUCUUUCCAUGGGCUACCAGUUGGUGACCAAACCCAUCACCAUGGAGACUGGGAAGCAUGGAGUUUCAGGCAGCACAACAGCCUCAUCUCAUUAA